AUGCAAACCAAGCACUUCUUUUCCGAUCCGACCCAUUUGGUCCUAACCGCACUCAAUUCCAUUACCGUCACCAACCCUUCCCUGGCACUGGAUGUUCCCAACAAAAUUGUCUUUCGUCGUCCAGAUGCGCCCCGCAAAUCUAAGAAGGUCUCCAUCGUAACCGGUGGUGGCUCUGGCCAUGAACCCGCUUUCGCCGGCUUUGUCGGUCAUGGUCUUUGCGAUGCCGCGGUUGCGGGUACUAUCUUUGCUUCCCCUUCCGCUGAGCAGAUCCGUAGAGCUGCUAUGGAUCGAGUCCCCACUGAUAGUGGCGUUUUGAUUAUCCCGAAUAAUUAUACUGGUGAUGUGCUUAACUUUGGUAUGGCCACGGAGAAGUCCCGUGCUGCGGGUAUCCGUACGGAAUUCUUUGCUAUGGCCGAUGACGUGGGUGUUGGUCGCAAGAAGAGUGGGAAGGUUGGUCGGAGAGGUAUCGGUGGUGCUGCCUUGAUCUUGAAGUUGGUUGGAGCUCUGGCGGAAGCUGGUGGUUCCCUUGACGAGGUCUACGGUCUCGCUCAACAUGUUAACGAUAACUUGGUCUCCAUUGGUACUUCUCUGGAGCAUGUUCACAUUCCCGGCCGCCGAGUCCCCAAGGGUCUGGAUACUAUUGCACCUGGAGACGCCGAGGUCGGUAUGGGUAUUCACAAUGAACCUGGAUCUCACCGCGCCAAAGCAGACCUAGUCAAGUUGGUCGAGACCAUGCUGAAGUCCUUGCUGGACCAGAAUGACUCGGACCGUGCCUACGUCACCUACACUCCCAAGGAUGACUUCGUUCUCCUCAUCAACAAUCUCGGCGGUGUCAGUCCUAUUGAGUUGGCCGGUAUCACCGACGAGGUCCACCGCCAGCUGAACUCUGGCUACAAUAUUACACCCGUCCGAGUGAUCCAGGGCACAUUCCUUAGCAGUUUGGAUGGAUUGGGCUUCAGCAUCUCGCUACUCAAGCUCGCUGAUACCGGUCUCGGUGCUGGAAAGUCCUUGAUCGAACUACUAGAUGCUCCCGCCGAGGCUGUAGGCUGGUCUGCCCCGAUCUCAUCCUCGACUUGGAAAAACCGCAUCGAUACUCCUGUGGCACUCAAGAACUCCAACCUGGCCGAGGAGAACCCCAGUAACCUGAAGCUGGACCCCGCAGUCGUUAAGAAAGUUCUCGGCGCCGGUCUCAAGCGUGUCAUCGCCGCCGAACCCGACGUGACGAAAUUCGACACAAUCGUCGGCGACGGCGACUGCGGUGUCGGUCUGAAGCGUGGUGCCGAAGCGAUCCAGGAACUGCUCGACGGCGCCUCACCCGGACUAAGCGACGACAUCGUGAACACAGUGAACCGAAUUGUGACAGUUGUCGAGAAUGUCAUGGACGGUACUUCCGGAGCUAUCUAUGCAAUUUUCCUAAACGCCCUAGCCCACGGACUCCGUGAUCAGGAUAAGGGCUCAACACUUCAAGCCAACACUGAAGUCUGGGCCAAGGCACUCAAGCACUCUGUUACUGCGCUCGGUAAAUACACACCCGCUAAGCCGGGUGACCGAACACUUAUGGAUGCGCUUGUGCCGUUCUGUGAGACUUUGUUUGCUAAGCAUGAUGUUAAUGCUGCGUCUGUGGCUGCUAAUGAGGGUACGGAGUCUACGAAGAGUAUGAAGGCUAGUCUUGGUCGCUCGGUUUAUGUUGGUGGAGAGUCCGAGUGGAUUGGAAAGGUUCCAGAUCCUGGUGCUUAUGGUUUGAGUGAGUUCUUGGCUGGCAUUGCUGAGGCAGCUUAA